CAACCAUUCCAUUGAAAGUUCAGCAGAGAACCAGACGAACCGAUGGCAUCAUUCCAAUUUUCAGUGUCUUCUUUUUCCAAGCCCUUAAACCCAUCAUCAGUCUCCAACAAAAACCCUACCAUCUUCAAUCUACUAUGUAAUCCCCAACACCUCAAAACAACACUAUCCCCACAACCCCUCUUUCUCAAAUCCACUCCUCCCAUUUCUCAUCUCUUUAUCAGGUCCCUAAAAACCCCACAAUGUCGUAUUUCUUCAACUCCAAUCACUUCCCUUUUUACCGGCAUAGUUGAAGAAAUGGGUCAAAUCAAGCAACUUGGUUACACCCAACCCGACAGUUUCACCAUGAUAAUCCAGGCUAAACUCAUUCUUGAUGACAUCAACCUAGGCGACAGCAUUUCUGUCAACGGUACUUGUUUAACUGUUGCUGAUUUCGAUACCCAGAAGUUGGAAUUUAGUGUUGGAUUGGCUCCAGAAACACUUAGAAAGACUUCCUUAAUUGAAUUGGAAAAAGGGUCUUUGGUUAAUUUGGAAAGGGCUUUAAGACCUAGUACUAGAAUGGGUGGUCAUUUUGUGCAAGGACAUGUUGAUGGUACUGGUGAGAUUGUUGAGCUUAAACCUGAAGGGGAUUCUUUGUGGGUGAAGGUUAAGACUGGGAAAGAAAUUUUGAGGUAUAUUGUGCCUAAAGGAUUUAUUGCUGUGGAUGGGACUAGUUUGACUGUAGUUGAUGUGUUUGAUGAAGAGGAAUGUUUUAACUUCAUGUUGGUGGCUUACACUCAGCAAAAUGUGGUGAUUCCAAUGAAGAAAGUGGGACAGAAGGUUAAUCUUGAGGUGGAUAUAUUGGGCAAGUAUGUGGAGAGGCUUCUUAGUAGUGGCUUUGUGGAUUCCAUCAAAUCUUCAUGAAAAAGGUUGUUUCUUUGUCCUUCAUUUUGUCUUUGUAACUUGCUUUCGC